AUGUCGCGAUUGACGGUUAUUGAGGAGAAUACGGCUAGUGGUUCGCACGUGCCGUCGUCCGUCCGUUGUAGCACACCUCCAAUUGAUAAAAAUAACGUUUCCGCUACUAAAGCAUUCGUUGAUGCUUUAGGUAUGUUAACGAGACCUAAACCUAACAACUAUUAUGUAUCUAAUUUUGAUCCGGCUGUUAAUAACUUUGGGGUGUGGUGCGACGAAGUGGAGCGGGCUAUACGGGCGAACCAUUGGGACGACCAUGAGUGCUUCUCUCGUGUGGCUAAUUGCCUGAGAGGUGACGCAAAAGCCUGGUUAAACGAGUGGGCUACUAACGAGCGUUCAUGGUCAAAUUUCGUUAAAGAGUUUAGGUCCUUGUGUCCGCAAAAGGUGAACGCGCAAAUUCUCCACGAAGUUAUUAACUCGACGUCAGAAAAGUUUCUGUCAUACGCGGAAUACGCGCGUCGUUCGUUGUUGCGUUUGCGCCUCGUAAAAGGAUUAAGCGAAGAACUUAUGGUCCAAAUUGUGAUUUUUGGUAUUAGUGAUGUACAAGUGCGCGCCGCAGCAACUAACGCCGACCUAACGACAGAAAAUCUGGUCUCGUUUUUAGCCACAGCCCCACGUCAACCCAUUACAUCAUGGGAAAAGUCGGAUGUUCCGUUUAACACCAUUCAUGUUGAUGCGUUGGGACCGUUGCCCGAGUCCAAUGGAUACAAGUUUGUGCUAAUAUUGGUUGACUCAUUUACUAAAUUUUGUUUACUAUAUCCUAUGUAUAGGCAGGACACAAAUGAAUUAAAACGAGUUUUCGAUAGUGCAAUUUCUUUAUUUGGUACGCCUAAGCUCAUAGUGUGCGACCGUGGUCGAAUGUUUGACGCGUCAGCCUUCACCAGUUGGGUGUCUGAAAUGGGCUGUGAUAUUCAUUACGUAACGCCCGAAAUGCAUCAUUCAAACGGGCAAGCCGAGCGUUAUGUAAGAACUGUUCUUAAUUUGCUUCGAAUAGAGAGUAACAAUAAAGCUUCAACUUGGUCUAAUGCUUUGGGUAAGGUUCAGUUAGUUUUGAAUGUAACUAAACAAAAAACCACACAAUAUUCUGCUUUGUAUUUGUUAAUCGGUACUCAUGCGGCCACUCCUGUCAUCCGUGCACUGGUCCGCGAUGUUGCCAUCGAUAACUCAAGCCCCAAUCGUGAAGCCUUGAGGGAACUCAGCAGAAGCUCAGCCAAGGCGUCGCUCGAUAGAAAUCGAGACAGACAAAAUGCUCGGGUAAAUCGUCGAAGACACCCGCCCAAGCGAUUCCAGGUCAACGAUCAAGUAUUUGUAAUCAAAUACACACAGUCAACUGGGAAACUUGAUCCCGGUAUGAGAGGACCUUACCGUGUUAUCAAGGUGUUACCUAGUGACCGCUACGAGCUGAGGUUACUAAGCGGAUCCAGGGGCAAGAGAACUCAGGCCGCGGCUCAGUAUAUGAUCCCUUGGAAAGGCGAAUGGUGUCCUGAGAGUUGUGCCGCAUUUUUCGAAAAUUGCGAUGACGAAUACCCCGAUGACGUUGGUGAGCCUUCAGCUGCGUGUACUGAUCCUUCUGCUUCCUCAAGAACACACGAACCACAUAUGAGUGAACAUGGCGAGCAAGAUGCCGCCGUGCCUUCCACCAGUUCUCCCGAAGAAGAGAUCAACAGUGCAUCCGAGGACGGUGCACGGUCAGGAGAGGCCGUAUAA